GUACCGAACGGGUGGCAGAGGGUGGCUCUGGCAGCGUAAUCGUAUCGCAUGCAGUCGUCUAGCGUGAGUCCGCGCGGGCGGGUCGUCAGGUCACAUCUCGCUCUCGAGAUACUGCCGGGCAUCGAGACUACUCGCUCGACCAAAGCUUCCUCCAGCACCUUCGAAAAUUCUCGCGGACUCGUUUAAUCGCGAAUCAAACGACGUGAGCAUUAUGCGCGCUGCCAAAGGGCGCGUACGCAUGAAUCACCAUACAAACGGAGCACUUGUGAACGGUGAAACCGUAAACGAGCCUCGGAUGUUCGCGCGUUCAUCGAGCCUUUGACACACUGGCCCGUUUGAUCCUUAGUAGACGCGUUGAGUCGGUCGUAGAAAUCCUCGCGUUUAUCACCCCUUGACCACUUUAGCCGUUCCUUUACCUCCCACUCUCCUUUCGCCCUCCUCCCUCGUCGCACCCCCGUCUGUACUCUGACUUGGAGGCGUACAUUAAACAUUAAACCUUAAACACACCGUACAUUAGACUUCCGCUAAGCCACUUUUCGCUCUCUGUCGAUGCUUGACCCUUCUCCCAUAAUUUCUCUCAGCCUCGUAGACAGCAAGUAGCAAAUUCAUAAUUAAUAUCGUAAACAAGUGCGAAAACGACACUCCUGUUGCGAAAAGGGUACGAUUUCGUUUGUGCCCCGAGAACUACAUUUUCGAAGCCGAUCUAAUUGCACACACUGCUUCCUCCUUUUUGCUAGCGUCGCGAUUUUUCGUUGCGAGCUUCGAGCUGCCACGAAACCAACUCUCCAGCGGGAAAACAGUCUUCAGGUGACGAGACAGAAAGUUCGAUUCGAAUCCAUGACCUCGUGACGAGCGAGCGAUGCGACGGUGAACGAAAGAAUGCUUCGUAGUCGGUAAAAGUCGAGGAGCCAGGAACACCGUGGAGGAAUUAUGCCGGACAAAAAUCGAGGCUGCCGAGAUGGACAACGCGACAAAGAUUUCUUUGCCGACGAGAUAUCGUCCAUCGGUAUGUCGUUACGACCCAGCGGUAGCGCUUCUUCUGGUAUCUCAUCCCUUGCGAGCUGCGGCGAAGUGGACGCGUUACCGCAACUGCCAGCGCAAGACGAGGAACGAUUGCAACGCGCUGCACGUUUGUUGCAACAAAGGCUCGUUUUACGCCAAUGGUUGACGGACCAUGGCUUGCACAGUCAUUACCAAAAGUUAAUGCAGAUGGAGGUGAUGUCUCUGGAGGACGUGUAUUGGGUAGAGGAUAAUGCGGCACGAGCAGCUCUUGGCAAGGAUCUACCGCGAUGGACCCAGGCCAGGCAGAUGCUGCCUACCUCAAAGGAGGAUUUAGAAACCCUCAAGGCUGAUUUGUGGAGCGCUGUUGUAAAAAAUAGCCAACAUCAAGACGCUUGGACAUGGGGUGGAAUGUUGGUAGUUUCUGUGUCAGUGGCAGGGUUAGUGACACUGGCUGCUAUGACACAGCCAGCUCUGGCACCAGAGGCGAAGCAUUCCCUGUUGCAAUAUGUGACUGGAAAAUAUUUGUUGCCGAGCAAUUGCCGAGUUCAUUUUGCAUGGGAUGAACCGCAGCUCGUUGGAGGAACUAUGACGUUUGUAGUGAAGUUUUAUCAACGUAAUGGCCAACCGUAUCCAAUUUGUGACAAAGACAAUUUAAUCGUUGAAGUCACAGAAGGUACACGAAGAGUAGCUACCCUGAUAGAAUUGGGAGGCACCGACCCCUUAGCUGCGAAUAUUGCAGUUGUGAAGUUUACUGUCCGCCAUGCUGGACAAUAUCGAAUAGCCGUACUUAUUGGUUCGUGUCACGUUUACGGUAGUCCGUUUCUUAAAAAUUUUCUUCCCGGUCCACCGGAUCCAAAUAAGACCAUCUUUGUGCGGCAAAGUUCGACAGUAGUUUGUACAGCCGGAGUUGCACACUCUAUGACAAUAGAACCUCGAGACGAAUAUGAUAAUCUGUGCAUAUUUGGACCCGGGGAUAAGCCUACAGAAGGUUACCAAGUUAAUAUUACUCAGAUUGGUAGUUCGGUAGAUAAGUCGGCCAUUGUGAAUUGUAACAUACAACUUGAGUACGACUCUCCGAAUCAAAGGAUUCGUUUAAAAGUCAGUUUCCCGAAGGGUAACUGUUAUCACGCGACGGUUAGUUUAGGAGGGCUACAGCUACACAACGGUGACUUCGACAUCAUUGUACUCGAGAGUGAUGUUGCUAGAAUGGUACACAAUAACGUGGCCUCGAAGGAUCCCAAUAUUUGUUAUGCCGCAAAACUUUUGGGGAUGCAAGGCGAGAAAUUCUCGAAGCCGAAAAAAGUUGUCUGUUUCAUUUCGCCUAAGCAGCUUACUAUUAAAGAAUACUUGCUAAGAAUUAUUCCGAAAAGGCUUGUUACAUUUAGACUUUGUCCGUCAACUAAAUUCCAUUUUGAUUGUUCAAAUAAUCAAUACGAAGGCUACGAUUCUUUUUCUAUCGACGAUGGAUGCCAGCCACCCGUUGAAUUAAUUUCUUUAUAUCGAGAUAUAAUAGCCGCUACAUUUACGUUGUUUCUGUUGAAGAACAUAGGAGGAAGUGAAACUUUUGCUGACAAACAAGACUUCUUUUAUCACGAAGUACGAAAGCACCAUCAAAAACAUUAUCACGAAAAGCUUUCGAUGAAAGUUCAACGAGACAAAUUGCUAGAAUCGUCUAUGAAAGCUACCAAAGGAUUUUCUGUAAGUGACUGGUGCAGAAAUUUUGAAAUAAGCUUUCAAGGUGAACAAGGCGUCGAUUGGGGUGGUGUUCGACGGGAAUGGUUCGAGUUAAUUUGUGCAUCACUGUUCGAUUCAGGAAAUGGCUUAUUUGCAUCCUUUGGAGAAUCACAACAAGCACUAGUUCAUCCUAACAGUAAACGGCCUUCGCAUCUCAAAUUAAAACAUUACGAGUUUGCUGGAAGAAUCGUGGGCAAAUGCCUAUACGAAUCCGCUCUUGGUGGUUCCUAUCGACAGUUAGUACGUGCAAGAUUUACAAGAUCAUUUCUUGCGCAAAUCAUAGGCCUCAGAGUGCAUUAUAAGUAUUUCGAGCAGGAUGAUCCAGACUUAUAUCUGAGCAAGAUAAAGUAUAUUCUAGAAAAUGAUGUUGAAGAAAUGGAACUUUAUUUUGUUGAAGAAGAAUAUGAUAAAGAUGGUCAAUUACUAAAAGUAGCUGAAUUAAUACCUGGAGGCAGUAAGAUUCGUGUAACGAACGAAACGAAAUUGCGUUAUUUGGACGCGCUUGCGCAACACAGACUCGCUAGUUCUAUACGAAACGAAGUGGAACAUUUUCUAAGGGGGUUGAACGAACUCAUUCCCGAUAAUCUUUUGGGGAUUUUUGAUGAGAACGAACUUGAACUAUUAUUAUGUGGAACUGGUGAAUACAGUGUCGCAGAUCUACGUGCGCACCAUAUAGCGAACGGAAGUUCUCCAGAAUUUCUUCGAGUUCUUGAUUGGUUUUGGACUGCAGUUAGCAACUUCACGCAGGAAGAGAUGGCCCGGUUAUUACAAUUUACUACAGGUUGUUCGCAAUUACCACCUGGUGGAUUUCAACAACUGAGUCCACGAUUUCAAAUUACAGCAGCACCAACUUUUGCUAACUUGCCUACAGCACAUACUUGCUUCAAUCAGCUCUGCUUACCGGAUUACGAAUGUUACGAUCACUUCGAGCGAGCUUUAUUAUUAGCGAUUAGUGAAGGUACCGAAGGUUUCGGUAUGAUUUAAAGAGACUAAAAUUAAGUUAUUUUAUUUGUUGUAUUAUCAACACAUUCCUUACCGGCGAGUUUCCUCAAUAACCGAUGAUACUACUUUUAUACAUUAACUUAAUUAAUAGUUUGUGCAUAUAACAUACUUAUUUAACAUUCAAAUUAAACGUUCUAUACUUUCUGAGUCACCUUCUACAAUUAUUUUCAUCAUAGCCUUUAUUAAUGACGCGCACAUUGCGACAUCGGCUAAUGAGUAGCGAUCUUUCAUGACGCUACAUCAUCAGUAAGGAAUAUGUUAACAUAGUCAAUUAAGUUUAUUUUGUUUCUUGUACUAUUGUUACAGUUUUAUUUAAAAGUCUAGACGUAAAAAAACUACAUUUACCGCAUAUUUUGAUAAACGAAACAUAGAAUUUUUGAAAUUAUUCUUUUUGCGUUCUGCCAAAUGACUAUCAUGAACAAUCCAAUAUAUUUCAAAACAUAAACGACGAUAUUAAUAUUUUUACUGGCUUGUGGUAACGUUUUUAUAAAGAGGUGAUACAAAGAGCAAUCUUAAAGAAACAUCUAUCGUUGCUCAAUUUGUUGUAUCAAGGUUUGUUGUAGUUUAAAAUGUUGUAAAUUUUAUUAUUCAUAAAAGUAGGUACUUACACGUUCCUCAAGCCACCAGAUUUGAUAUAUUCUUCAUAGUUUAUCAGUAUGCAAUGAUUCUUUUAUAAUUACCGAUUUAGUUAAAGUUAACAUACGCAUUGUAAAAUUUAAGAAAAUCGUCAGUAUCCAAUCAGUAUUUUCUUUUCUUUUUUUUUUACUUCGCACUAGAAACACACAAUAAAUAAGGAAAAUAAUAUAUUUUCUUAUUACUAUUUCGUUUUGUAAAUUCAUGUUAUUUAUAUGCAACCAGUCAAUGAAUAGAUUUAGAUUUCAUUAUAGAUGCAAUAUGACUGUAAUUUUGUUAACUAUUGCGUAUAUCUUUCAUGAAAUCCCUUCAACUGCACACUGUGCUUUUCUUCAUUUUCAUAUUUCAUUAAAAAUUAUUGAAUAAGGUGGUAAAUUGACGAGUACGACCGAAUCCAGUUUCAAGAUUGUAGGACAGCAUUAUUUGUUGUCACAAUUAACAUAUGUAAUAAGAAAUGUUUUAGAUCGACUAGCGAAAAGAUAAAAUUACACCUAACAACAUACACUCAAGUAUAGAACGAUUUUGUGAUAAUAAGAACGAAUCUUCUAUUGAAAUUUGUGCCGUGUCUUCACUUGCUGUGUACGAAAGCCUCAAAUGAUAAAGGAUCUAUACUAUACUGGCUGAAGCCUGAAAGUAUACUGAAUCGAUAUUGUUAUCAAAAAAACGAAAAUCAAUUUUAUCUUGUACUUAAAUACACAAUAAUGAGAAAUGUGAUCAGACACGUCGUAUUUGUGUCACUCGUACCCUUAGAUUUUACGAUCUACUGUAAUCUGUUUUUGAAAAAAAUAAUAUACCAUUAGCAUCGCUCUAUUAUACAUAUUUAUUUUAUCUCCGUUAAAACGGUGAACGGUUAAAACGAUAUAUGAGUUCAAGUAUUAUAUAAAACAUGAUCAACUAGGAUGAAAUGUGUAUAUACAUACGUAUUUAUCGAUUAUUUAAAAGUAUUUGCCAAUGUGUCGCAAUGUGUCGACAAGAAGAAAUCAAUUUUCGUAACAAACUGAGCGAUUCUGAUGGUAUCUUAUUUUUAUCGCUUUAUCAUGUUACACGAAAAAAAGGUGUAAAAUAUAGAUAAAAAAAAUCAUACGA